GUAUAAAGCCCGGCGCGCGCGCGGCGCCGCCUCCCUCCCUCCCUCCCUCCCUCCCUCGCCACGCGCACGCGCACGCCGACGACACGCCUCGCCACGCCAUGGACGCCGCGCGAGCUCGCGUUCCCCUUCGUCCCGUGCGGUGGGCGUGGCCUGCGGCGCCGCUGGCCCUCCUCCUCCUCCUCCUCCUCCUGGUGGCGCCUGCCGUGGGCGCGGCGGCGGUGGCGACGGAGUGCGAGUGUGGCGGCGCGGCGGCGGAGAUCAAGGAGGAGGACGCGCGCGGGGCGCUGCGGCUCAAGCUCAUCGCGGUGGCGUCCAUCCUGGCGUCGGGCGCGACGGGGGUGCUGGUGCCCGUCCUGGGCCGCUCGGCGUCGGCGCUCCGGCCCGACGGGGACGUCUUCUUCGCCGUCAAGGCGUUCGCGGCCGGGGUCAUCCUCGCCACCGGCAUGGUGCACAUCCUGCCCGCCGCGUUCGACGCGCUCGCGCCCCCUUGCGACGCCGGCAGCGGCCGCGGCAAGGGCGCCGCGUUCCCCUUCGCCGGGCUCGUCGCCAUGUGCUCCGCCAUGGUCACCAUGAUGGUCGACUCCGUGGCCGCCGGCUACUACCAGCGCUCGCACUUCCGGAAGGCGCGCCCCGUCGACGACGCCGCCGCGGCUGGGGCGGACGAGGAGGCCGACGCCGAGCACGCCGGCCACGUGCACGUGCACACGCACGCGACGCACGGCCAUGCCCACGGGCACGCGCACGACCACGGCGGGCACGGCCACGGCGGGCCGGCGGCCGGCGCCUCGCCCGACGACGCCUCCUCCUUCGCCGUGUCGAUCAGGCACAGGGUGAUCUCUCAGGUUCUGGAGCUGGGGAUCCUGGUGCACUCGGUGAUCAUCGGCGUGUCCCUAGGCGCGUCGCUGAGGCCGUCGACGAUCAGGCCUCUUGUUGGAGCUCUCAGCUUCCACCAGUUCUUCGAAGGCAUAGGCCUCGGUGGCUGCAUUGUUCAGGCGAAGUUCAAGGUUAGAGCGACCAUGAUCAUGGCGACCUUCUUCUCGCUCACUGCUCCCAUGGGCAUCGCGCUGGGAAUCGCAAUCACCUCCAGCUACAGCAAGCAUAGUGCUACCGCCCUUGUCGUCGAAGGGGUGUUCAACGCUGCUGCAGCAGGGAUUUUGAUCUACAUGUCCCUGGUGGAUCUCCUAGCAGCAGAUUUCAAUAACCCGAGGCUACAAACCAACAUGAAGCUUCAGCUGGCGACAUACCUCGCCCUCUUCCUCGGCGCAGGACUGAUGUCCUUGCUUGCCAAAUGGGCCUAGCUAAUCGAUAGACAAAUCUUCAGAGCUGCUGACGAAUGUAAUUCUGCGCAUUACUCGUCGCUAAAGACCCCGAACGCAGUUUAUGAUCGUCGGGGUAUAUUUUGUUGUAGCAUUACUGCGCAUCAAUUUCAGUAGAACCUCCAUCAACCAGAAUUGGUGCACAUAGAGGUGUAAAGAAGGCCUGAAAGUAACCAAGUUCUAGAGUUGAAGGACAUUGCUAGACAAGUCAAAAAGUUCAGGACAAAAUGUGAAUCUUGAACAAUGUUGUUCUUCCAUGAGGAUGGACCAAAAGAAGUGCAGAAUACAAAAAUGAAGUGGUGGUGGCGAAUAGUUGGUCUGGAAAUCUGGAAUGACCUUUUGUGCUAGAGGUUUGUAGAAGUGGGUCGACUUCCUUUUGGAGUAAACGGCAAUGUACAUAGUUGUUAGUCAGGUCCCUCCUUUUUGCAGGGUUAAAAUCCAUGGAAUUUAUCCACUGAAGAAUGAGUUUAGACACAAUCAUGAUUCUAUUCCGCUGAUAAGUGUAAUUUUUAAUUCAGAAAGUGAAGUGUGAAUUGGAGAUUUUUUUUU